AUGAGCAGGGUAUUUUCUUCUAGACUUGUCAAGUCUUCGGCUUACUUGACUGGUUUGGCCGCCACUGCCUAUGCCACCAAUACCUACUACUUGCAGUCUUCAGGAUCCGUUCACAAUGACAACAAGUUUGUUCCUUCUACUUUCCAACCGCUUGUGACAUCUAAACCUGCCCCUCCUUCUAGAUCUGACAUGAUCAACAAGUUGGAAACCACCAAGAAUUUCGAUGUGCUUAUCAUUGGCGGUGGUGCUGUCGGGACAGGGACUGCUGUCGAUGCUGCUACCAGAGGUCUUAAUGUUGCCCUUGUUGAAAAAACAGAUUUUGCUGCCGGUACCUCUUCCAAAUCUACCAAGAUGGCCCACGGUGGAGUCCGUUAUUUGGAAAAAGCGGUUUUCCAAUUGUCCAAGGCCCAAUUGGAUUUGGUCAUUGAAGCCCUUAAUGAAAGAGGAUCAAUUGUCUCCAAUGCUCCUCAUUUGGCAUCGAUUUUGCCAAUUAUGAUCCCGGUGUACCAUUAUUGGCAAGUGCCAUACUUUUAUGUGGGUACUAAGUUGUAUGACAUCUUUGCUGGUCGUCAAAACUUGAAAUCUUCCUACUUACUUUCUAAAAACAGCGCCAAAUCCAUUGCCCCAAUGUUGGAUGACAAGGAUUUGGUUGCUGGUUUGGUGUACCAUGAUGGUUUGUUCAAUGAUGCUCGUUUGAAUGCUACUUUGGCGUUAACUGCCGUGGAAAACGGCGCUACCGUUGCCAAUUACGUUGAAGUGAAACAAUUGUUGAAAUCCGAAGAUAAUAAAGUCAUUGGUGCGGUUGCCGUUGAUAAGGAAACUGGUAAAGAAUUCCAAAUCAAGGCUACUAGUGUGAUUAACGCUACUGGUCCAUUCUCCGACAAGAUCCUUGAAAUGGAUAAUGAUCCAAAAGGUUUGCCUCCAAUUAUCGAACAAGCCCCAAAGAUGGUGGUGCCAUCCGCUGGGGUUCACAUCAUUUUGCCUGAAUAUUACUGUCCAAAAGACAUGGGUUUGUUAGAUGCUUCCACUUCCGAUGGUAGAGUUAUGUUCUUUUUGCCAUGGCAAGGUAAAGUCUUGGCUGGUACUACUGACACUCCACAAAAGAGAAUUACUGAUUAUCCUGUGCCAACUGAAGAGGAAAUUGACGAUAUUCUUAAAGAAUUGCAAAAAUACAUCAAGUUCCCAGUUAGAAAAGAAGAUGUGUUGAGUGCCUGGUCUGGUAUUCGUCCUUUGGUUCGUAACCCAGACACCGUGACUGGCGAAAACACUGGUUCCACCCAAGGAUUGGUUAGAUCACAUUUAAUUUACAAAUCUGUCACUGGUCUUUUGACCAUCAGUGGUGGUAAAUGGACUACAUAUCGUGAAAUGGCUCAAGAAACUAUGGAUAACAUUGUCAAGGAUUUCGAUUUCGGUAAGGAAGUGAAGCCAUGUCAAACCAGAGACUUCACCCUUGUUGGUGGUGAACACUACGACGAUACUUACUCGUCUCGUUUGAUCCAAGCUUAUAACGUUGAAGAAAAGAUCGCCUCUCAUUUGGCUAACAACUACGGUACCCGUGCCCCACUCAUUUUGGAAAUUUACAAGCAAUCCACUGAAAAUCAAAAACCCGUGGUUUUGGCCGGUAAAUCUGGCACUGCUGCCAGUUAUGAAGCCUACGAAUUCCCAUUCACCGUUGCUGAAUUGAAAUACUCUCUUCAAUAUGAAUACACUAGAACUCCAAUUGAUUUCUUGGCAAGAAGAACCAGAUUGGCGUUCUUGAACGCCAAACAAUCUUUGGAAGCCGUUGAUGGUGUUACCGAAAUUAUGGCCAAGGAAUUGAAAUGGAGCAGUUCUGUCAAGGAACAACAUCGUGCUGAUGCCGCUGAUUACAUCAAAAAGAUGGGUAUCAACCAAACUUCCUGA